CUUGGACCUUAAUGCAUCCAAAGCACACACCAUGAGCCGGAUUUGAGGCUGAAAAAUAGAAGAUACCGGAGAUAGUGAGAGAGACUCGAAGAGAAGAGUGUUGGAGCGCAAGAGAGCUGCCUGAGACUGUCUAAGGGGGCAGCGUUUCUCCAUCUAGUUCCGGUUUGUCAGUCUGCGCUGUGUGCGACUGGGAACCUAAACAAAAGGCUGCCACAAUCCAAAAGGGGAUAUUCUACAACGAAGAAACCUCGUCUGUGGUUUAAUGCAAACUAAACAAUGAGCUCAUAUUUUGUUAACCCUCUUUUCUCCAAAUACAAAGGCUGUGAAUCACUGGAGCCAACUUACUACGACUGCAGGUUCCCACAAAGCGUUGCCCGUAGCCACACGCUGGUCUACGGACCCGGGGCAGCUGCAUCGGGCUUUCAACAGCCGUCCCAUCAUGUCCAGGAUUUUUUCCACCAUGGGACCACGGGGAUCUCCAACCCUGCAUACCAACAGAACCCCUGCGCACUGGCUUGCCAUGGAGACGCAACGAAAUUUUAUGGAUAUGAAGCUCUUCCGAGACAACCGCUUUAUGGUACCCAGCAAGAGCCAAGCCUCGCGCAAUACCCAGACUGUAAAUCGUCUAACGGCUCUAACCCGGGAGAAGGACAAGGCCAUUUAAAUCAGAACUCGUCUCCCACUCUUAUGUUUCCUUGGAUGAGACCCCACGCACCAGGGAGGCGAAAUGGAAGACAAACCUACAGUCGCUACCAAACUCUGGAGCUGGAGAAGGAGUUUCUCUUCAAUCCUUAUCUUACACGAAAGCGGCGGAUCGAGGUGUCCCAUGCCCUGAGUCUCACAGAGAGGCAGGUCAAGAUAUGGUUUCAAAAUCGACGAAUGAAGUGGAAAAAAGAAAACAACAAAGACAAGUUUCCGGGACAGAGAGGAGAGGCGGAUGCUGAUGCCGAGCCUGAGGAGGAGGUCAACGAGGACGGUGACGGGGAAGAGGGGGAACAGAAAGAAGUGGAAGAGAAAAAGAAUGUUGAUCCCAAGGAGUGAUUUUAUGGUCAUUUAUGGUUUAAUGGCAGAAAAAGAGGAAAAAGAGGUCCCAUAUAGUAGACGGGGAGAGGAGAGAAGAAGGCAGAGAGCGUCAACUUUAUGGACACGGUUUUAUGAGUCAACACGGGAAAGGGAAAAAAGAUCUUACAGAUAUUGCUGGCAUAAUCAUUUAUCUAUUUCUCCCUCAUCACGAUGCUUUAGAGAUACAAAUGAGUUAUUUUGUCGUUUUGAACGUUUCCUUACAAUAUACAUUUGCCAAUAUUACAUCUGGGAAAGGUAAUGGUAGCACAUAGGUGAUCUUUGUAUGGGUUAACUUUAAACGCAUGUUUAAUUAACAGAGUAGGCUAGGCUACUUUUAGAAUAUGUUUUGUUUGGUUUAUCUGACAAAAGCAUAACCAAACAAAUGCAUAUAGGAAGACAACGCAAGGUCCAACAAACCUUGGCCAAUGCCAAUCUAAUCUUGUAAAUACACAACACAUUCACAAUAGACAUCUUUGCGAAUAUGUGAUUUAAAAUCGUAAGCAAAACGUAACUAAAAACAAUGUUCAAUGUCAUGACAGCAGUGUGACUUCUGAGGGAUAUAACAUUGAUUAGCAGCAGGCUCAUAUGUAAAACACGUGUUUUAAUUGUUUUUAUUAUACUUCAUUGUCAUUUGUGGUGAAUGGCCAAGACAAGAAUAUGUGGUUCUUACUUCAUAUAUAGUUUUGUUAGAAUUACCAGGGACAUGCAAUCGUUUAAAAUCCUUAAGACGCUACCUAAAAACAGGGACAAUUGCAAUAGAGAUUUCUAAAUAGAGAUUUCAAAUGAUAUUGUUUUUAUAGUGUUAUAUCAACGUUAUAUGAUUAAAUUAUAUAUCAUUUGCCCAAUAUAUACCUAUGCUUGUUUAAGACAAUUUGUGAGUCUUAGGAAGACACAGUUAGCUCAAAGCCAAGUCAACGAUUUUGUCGUUCAGAUUGUACCACGGCACUACCUACUAAAACAGAGCUUUGCCUUUUACUUCAUUUUGUAUUCAAUAAUAAUGGCACUGCUAUGUUUAGAUGAAAAUCUAUAUUUUCCCCAACAACUAAAACUGCCUAUAGAAAACGCACAUGACUGUGUGUGAUAAUAAUACCUGCUACAAUUGCAAGGGUUUUAAGGGGAAUUAAGGGGUGUUCUUUUAAUGUGCUGGUGAUAAUAGAGUAGUUUUCUUUGCACUGAAUAUAAUCUUUAUGUACGUCUUGUUAUAUUCUUGAUGUUAAUAGGCUCGUUUGCUGGUGUUUCCAUGUGAACGACGGAAUUGUGUGUCCCCGCCAUUGUUUUUUUGACAUAAAAAGAUGAAUAAACAAGAUGGCUCACAAUCGUACCUCUUCUUGGCUGUAAGAACUUGUUGACUGAAUGACUAAAUGGCUGAGCGAGCGUGUGCUAGAUGACUGUUUCUCCUGUCUGCCCGCUACACAACACCGAGCGAGCGUGUGCUUGAUGACUGUUUCUCCUGUCUGCCCGCUACACAACA